AUGGCUGCUACUGGUUCCUACUCCCUCCCCGUCUCCCACAAGGAGAUGUUGGAGAAGUCUCUUAUUGACUCCGACCCUGAGGUUGCCGAGAUCAUGAAGGAUGAGAUCAAGCGCCAGCGCGAGUCCAUCAUUCUCAUUGCCUCCGAGAACGUCACCUCCCGUGCCGUCUUCGAUGCUCUUGGAUCGCCCAUGUCCAACAAGUACUCCGAGGGCCAGCCCGGUGCCAGAUACUACGGUGGCAACGAGCACAUCGACCAGAUCGAGAUCCUCUGCCAGAACCGUGCCCUCAAGGCCUUCAACCUCGACUCCUCCAAGUGGGGUGUCAACGUCCAGUGCUUGUCUGGCUCUCCCGCCAACCUCCAGGUCUACCAGGCCAUCAUGCCCGUCCACGGCCGCCUCAUGGGUCUUGACCUCCCCCACGGUGGUCACUUGUCCCACGGCUACCAGACCCCUGCCAAGAAGAUCUCUGCUGUCUCUACCUACUUUGAGACCAUGCCCUACCGCGUGAACCUCGACACCGGCAUCAUUGACUACGACCAGCUCGAGAAGAACGCCCAGCUCUUCCGUCCCAAGGUCCUCGUCGCCGGUACCUCUGCCUACUGCCGUCUGAUCGACUACGGACGCAUGCGCAAGAUCGCCGACUCCGUCGGUGCCUACCUCGUUGUCGACAUGGCUCACAUCUCCGGUCUCAUUGCCGCCGGCGUCAUCCCCUCCCCCUUCGAGUACGCCGACAUCGUCACCACCACCACCCACAAGUCCCUGCGUGGCCCCCGCGGUGCCAUGAUCUUCUUCCGCAAGGGCGUCCGCUCCGUCAACGCUAAGGGCCAGGAGACCCUCUACGACCUCGAGAACCCCAUCAACUUCUCCGUUUUCCCCGGUCACCAGGGUGGCCCCCACAACCACACCAUCACUGCCCUCGCUGUUGCCCUGAAGCAGGCUGCCAGCCCCGACUUCAAGGCCUACCAGCAGAAGGUCAUUGACAACGCCAAGGCCCUUGAGAACAAGUUCAAGACCCUCGGCCACAAGCUCGUCGCCGACGGCACCGACUCCCACAUGGUCCUCCUCGACCUCCGCCAGUUCAGCUUGGACGGUGCCCGUGUCGAGGCCGUUCUCGAGCAGAUCAACAUCACCUGCAACAAGAACUCCAUCCCCGGCGACAAGAGCGCUCUUACCCCCUGCGGUCUCCGCAUCGGCACCCCCGCCAUGACCUCCCGUGGAUUUGGAGAGGCCGACUUUGAGCGCGUCGCCAACUACAUUGAUGAGUCCAUCAAGAUCUGCAAGGAGGUCCAGGCUUCCCUGCCCAAGGAGGCCAACAAGCUCAAGGACUUCAAGGCCACCGUUGCUGGCGGCCAGGUUGCCAAGAUCAACGACCUCCGCAAGGAGGUUGCCGAGUGGAGCGGCAGCUUCCCCCUCCCUGUUGAGGGCUGGCGCGUUGACGCUGGCAUCUAA